AUGGCCACAAAUUGUGAAUAUAUCGAAGAGAAUCUGACAAAUUCAAAAUGUCCUCCCCUCUCAAAUUCCGCCUCCUUGUCCUCAAUGACGCACGAGGAGAAACAGGAUAGUGCCGUGGAAAAAUCCCAAAGUAAAAGCUCCUUUUCGGAUAUGUCCUCGGAAAUGGGUAGCGGAGGAUGUUUGCGACAAAAUGGUACCUCACCAUUGCCGACAGCGAUGGCCCAUUUCCAUCUGCCCUCCAUUGGGGAUGAUGUCUUCGAGCAUGCCUUUGAUGCGUCCAUGGCUGAUUUGGAACACAAUGCUAAUGAUGGUUAUGAAUCGGAUUCGGAACCUUCACUAAGUGGUGAUGUGGGUGUAAUAGAAGCCACCAACAGCAACAUCCUCCAUCCAUCGAAUAGUGACAAUAUGACCUGUUCCACGGGUCUGGGUAGUGGGGUGCUGCACACCUUUCCGCGCAUGAAAUCAUUUGAAUAUCACAGCAGUGGUUCGGAAUCCUCCUCGGAGGAUGAGGGGGAGGACAAUGAAGAUGGCCCUCAAUUGGAAGGUGACAUCCAAGCGGCCUUAUCCCUCUCUGGGAAAUAUUAUACCCCUGAUAUCUUUCAAAUGCGUCCCUACUUGAUGCCCUUUAUGGAACGUCGACGCCUCUCCCAGUGUAAGGAAGAGGAUGAAGAUGAUGGUGAAAAGUCGCCUCAACCCCAAAAUUCCGAUCAACCACCGAAAUUUGAACGCAACAACAAACCAACCCCACCACCUCCCCCUCCCGUCAGUGACAAAGUCAACGCCGAAAAAUUCAAGGACCUGGAGAGGUUGCGCCAACAAUUCAUGCAUAAAAUCGAUAGCAUUAAUACGAACAAUGUGGAGGACAUAAAGACAGUGACUGUGGCACCGGAGCUUAACUCACCGCCACCACCACCUCCCAUACCACCCACCAUUCUCCCACCAGCCUUGAUAAAUCUACUGGAAUCGGCCAAAUCCACUUCCACCACGCUCAAGACCCCCAGCUCAACGCAAGCAACCGCAGCCAACUCUCCGCUUAGCCCCAAACCCCACUUGAAGGUGGAAGAAACAACCACCUCCCCACCCACCAACAAUGAACCACCCUCACCCUCCACUUUGAUAAUCAAGGGUAAAUUUACCGUUACCAAAGCCCAAGAGACCCCGGAGCUACGUAGCGAGGCCGAUAAACUGAAACACCUGAAUGCCUCAACAAAUUCCCAGACCAUUAGCUUUCCCAGCAGUUUUGGUGGCUACAGCUCAGUGCAGGGUCUGUUCUCACAGCGUUAUGGUAGCAACAAAGUUCCGGGUACUGCUCAACCCCAUCUUUCCAAAGAAUUCUUUGAUAGUAGCCUGGUUGAGAUCAGGUCAUCCGCCGAAAGUACUUCUUCCCUCAAUGUCAACAGCAGCAGCAACAACAACUGUGAUAAUAAUAGCAUAGGUAGCAGCAGCACAACAACAACUCCGACAACCACAAAAUCCGCAACAACUGCGGGAACUACCACAACGACAAAACCCAGAUCCACAUCGCUAUCCGAAUAUUCACCUUCAUCGGCGAAAUAUCGUGAUUUCCCCCACUUAGAUGAUGUUUGGAUAAAGAGACCGGCGGCCGGAACGCCAAAGAAACAGUACUAUACCGAUGAUAGUGCUGCCGAAAGUGGCCGAACCACCGCCGUACAAUCGGAAGAUGAACAAGAUGCCCGGCUGCCGUCAUCAAGGCCCUCCAGUGCGCCGGCCGAACCAAAUGCCAAAGCGGCACGUAAAGCCUCCAAAAAGAUGAAAGAAGAAGCAAGACGCCAAGAAAAAGAAGCCAGCCGCCGUGAAAAAGAAGCCCGCAAAAUCGAACGUGAAACAGCACGCCGCCUCGAGCGUGAAGCCGCCAAAUUAGAAAAACUCAAUCGUAAUGCUGAGAAAAUAUCCCGCAGCACAGAACGUAUGGCUGUCACCCCACGUUCCGGCUCUUUGGAGCGAAGGCGUAGCGGUGAAGAUUCCCCCGUGUUGAAUCAAUCCACAGUCCAUGGCAUAGCUAGUCCAAAUCGUCGCCCUACCAUUUUUGAUGUUUUUCGUCCGCGUGCAAAAUCCGAUGCUAAAAAACAAAAACUUCUACUUGACCCCUUGUCGGCUGCAGCAGCAGCCACGGGCAAUGAAAUGGGCAGUGCCAGUAGUACCUACUCGUCGGGUGGUGGUGCCGGUAGCGGUACUGGCGGCGGCGGCGUUAUGAAUUCCAUGAAAGUAGCUUUACAAAAUUCCGGCCUUAUUGGUGGUGGCAGCCAUCAUCAUAAACAACAUCCCGCCGUAACGAUAACCUCUGCCGAUGGCACCACCUCGGUAAAGAAUAAGUACAAAGAUGGUUCGGCACAUCCGCAUCAGGGCAGUGAUGCUCAAUAUUAUCACACAGUUACGGCUGUCCGACGUGCCGAUGUUUCCCGUUCACCAAUGACCAAAGUAAUGGAUCUGUUUAGACAUCGUUCCAAUUCAGCAGCCUCGGAGGCCGAUAAACGUAAAGCGCGUGUGGCGGCGCAUCAACAGCAGUUGGCAGUACAAAGUGCUCAUAUGCGUCGUGCUUCUGCCGACCUAGAGAAACGUCGUGCUUCCGUUGGUGCUGCUAGUCGAGGCUUACGUGGUGAUGGCACCCUUGAUCCACAUCAUGCUGCAAUAUUGUUUAGAGAUUCAAGAGGGUUGCCUGUUGCUGAUCCGUUCCUAGAGAAAGUCAAACUUUCAGAUUAUGAAGAAGAUGAUUCCCAAAUUUUUGUAAAAUUUUUCCGUUUUCACAAAUGUUACGAUCUAAUACCAACAUCCGCUAAAUUGGUAGUAUUCGAUACACAGCUGCUGGUCAAGAAAGCCUUCUAUGCUUUAGUCUAUAAUGGUGUGCGCGCCGCACCCCUCUGGGAUUCACAGAAACAACAAUUCGUUGGUAUGCUGACCAUUACGGAUUUCAUCAAAAUCUUGAGAAUGUAUUACAAAUCACCGAAUGCCUCAAUGGAACAAUUGGAGGAGCACAAAUUGGAUACAUGGAGAAGCGUUCUACACAAAGAAGUCAUGCCACUGGUUAGCAUUGGUCCCGAUGCCUCACUGUAUGAUGCCAUUAAGAUACUCAUACACAAUCGUAUACAUCGAUUACCUGUCAUUGAUCCAGCGACGGGCAAUGUUCUCUAUAUUUUGACACAUAAACGUAUCUUAAGGUUCCUCUUUUUAUAUAUUAAUGAAUUACCCAAGCCUUCUUAUAUGCAAAAGAAAUUACGUGAUUUAAAAAUUGGCACAUACGAUAAUAUCGAAACAGCCGAUGAAAAUACCAGCAUAUUAACAGCUUUAAAGAAAUUCGUCGAACGAAGAGUUUCCGCCUUACCUUUAGUUGAUGCUGAAGGCCGUCUAGUUGAUAUUUAUGCGAAAUUUGAUGUUAUUAAUCUGGCUGCAGAGAAAACCUAUAAUGAUCUCGAUGUAUCUCUCCGCAAAGCUAACGAACAUCGCAACGAAUGGUUUGAGGGCGUUCAGUGUUGUAAUCUAGAUGAAACUCUCUACACCAUUUUGGAACGUAUCGUUCGGGCUGAGGUGCAUCGUCUUGUGGUCGUCGAUGAAAAUCGUAAAGUUAUUGGUAUUAUAUCAUUAUCAGAUAUUUUGUUGUAUUUGGUAUUACGGCCCAGCGGUGAAGGUGUUGGCGGUUCAGAUAAUUCCCUGCGUGCCACCGAUCCCCUGCUGCAACGUAAAGAUACCACAACCGAUGAUGAAUCAGAUCAAAAAUCACCCUCUGUGGGAUCGGUUGGUAGCCGUAGUAUAAUUGAAGAUAUUCCCGAAGAAGAGACGGCCACAAGUCGUACAGCGGCGGAUGAUGUGGAUAGUAGUCAAUCGACUGCGGAGCAUAUUGUUGUUGAGCAGGCCGUAAAAUCUUCAAAUUAUGCCAAUCAGGCGGAAAUAUCAUUUGCCGAUGAGGCUGAAGAAGAUGAGGUGAAACAAACAAAUGGUGGUGGAGCUGAGGAGGAGGAAGAGGACGACGAUGAAGAUGCUAAGGAUGUGAUAAGCGGUAAUUGUGAUACAGCAACAGAUGAUGCAGCCGACUUAACCUCAGCUGCCUCGUUAACACAAACCACAGCCGCCCGUGAAAUGGGUCUGGUUAGUGAGUAAACCAAAACAAA